AUGCGGAUUAACAUUAUCUCUCUAGUGGCUCUGGCUGCUACAGCUGCAGGUCUCACUGUCACCUCCCCACGGAUGGGUGAGAAGAUUGAUCCCGAUAUGCCCCUUACUAUCAAGUGGCAGGCUGUCUCGACCGACCCAGAGACCUUUAGCAUCGAACUGGUCAAUCAGAAUGUCUACCCUCCGACAACAACGAUUGUGGCACAAGAUAUAGACUCUUCUAAGGGCUCCUACACUGUCAACGCAAAGACUUUCACAGAUGUGGAUGAUGGAAAGGGAUAUCAGAUCAACUUCCUCUCUCCGACCAGUGGCAUUCUGGCUCAGUCUCAGCAAUUCAAAUGCGUCUACCCCUACCUCGUUCUAUUAUUCUACUGCUUCAUCUUCUAUUUCUACCCCUACAACAUCUUCUUCUAUAAGCUCGUCUGCAACAACUUCAUCCUCUAUUAUAUCCACCUCUGCUACCCCGAUUACUUCUUCUUCCAUUACCGCGUCUUCUAUCUCACCUACUACAUCCACCCAUCUUUCUACCUCGACUUUCACAUCAAGCACUAUUUCCUCUACCAUGUCUCCUUCUACCCACAUAUCCACUACCCCUGGUUAGUAAAGGCUGGCUUCCGAGACAGCAUUUUGCUUUUCACCCACUACAUUAAGGAAACAGAGACUAACUAUAUCCAUAGAAUUGACCUCAGCUUCAAUGACUUCAUCGACCAGCAUGUCUACCGCAACCCAUUUGAGCACUACUUCGACCACCACUCGCAAGUCGACUUCAACUACAACCUCCAGUGCCACGGAGUCUGCCAGUACAACUACAAACGCUGCUGCCAUCCUCAUGCCCCCUGCUGGUAG